AUGGCCCGUCCAAAGAGAGAUUUCCAGAGCGGCCUGCCUCAAGCGCGCCGCUUCAUCACAACUCACGACGACACCGGAAAGGCCAUCUACUCUGAAGACCUCCCGGAGAUUGUCCCGUUCUGGGCCGUCGGGCCCCGAGACGAGCCCGCGGCCUUCGGGCUCGUCUACGCCACCACCUCGACGCCGGUCCCGCUGACAAAGGACGAGGACCUGACCACCUUCCGGCGCAUCGACGAGCAGCGCACCCGGGGCGGGCUCGUCCACAGCGGCGGGUCGGCCAUGCGCUACGUCGACUACCCGCCCAAGGCGAGCUCGCCCAUGCACCGCACCGUCAGCUGCGACUACGCCGUCGUGCUGUUCGGCCAGGUCGGCUGCCGGCUGGACUCGGGCGAGGAGCGCGUCCUGAACGCGGGCGACGUGCUCGUCCAGAGGGGCACCAUGCACCAGUGGGUCAACCUCGGCGACACGUGGGCCCGGAUGCUCUACGUCCUGAUUGACUCGGCGCCCGUCGAGUCGGGCGGGGUCAUCUUGAAAGAGGAUCUCGGCGGGAUGGAAGGGGUGCCCGAGUCUCACUGA